UCUAAAUUCUCACUUUCUGUAUUAAGGUCGGAUAAUAAACCAAUAGAAUUGCUCAAUAACUCUCUUCCGACGGGGGUCGUGAGAAUCCCGUCCAUGGACAGAAAAUGUACCAUAUGGUCAUCCCUCAUGAAUAAUUUAUCUCGACUACAUUGGAACAAUGGGACAAUGCAGUGUCAUCAUUUUGGUCUGACUCCCCUAAGGUGCUCUGCUGUCCCAACUAAGAACAUGAUCCUGCAACUUCGAAAGUCAAUUAGCGAAGAAGAUAAAUUGACAACGAAAUAUAACGUGCGAUUGACUCAGGCAUAUAAAAGUAACUGGAAACUAAAGACACACGACGAGAAUAUUGCUGAUGAACUUAAUGUCUAUAAAGAGGCAAGUAACGCUGAAACAACUUCCAUAGACAUCUGUAAAGAACAUAUCAAAGAUUUCAAACAAGAAAAUAAGCGAUUAUUUGACGAAAGCAAAGACAAAAUUGAAGAGAAAAUACUAAAUUUUGAAGAAAAGCUCAUCAAUGCCUAUAAUGAAUACGAAACGAAAUAUCUAAUCACCAGCACUAAAAAAUAUCAUGACAAAACUGAAAACAAGGUCCAAGAUCUACACAAUGUCACGCAAGUCGAGGACAAGUGGCGUGGAAAAGCAAAUGUUAUUUUGGAAAAUUUGAGCGGCGAAAAUGUUUCCACAUUGGUACAUGAUCUUAUAUUGAUUGAGGACAGUGACGUACUUGUGGAAUGUCAACUUCUUAAACGAAUCGUUAAAGAUAGAAAACUCAAAUGGCAGCAGCACGAGGAAACUAUUCACGAAUUCUCGAAACAGACAUCAAACUACAACUUUUAAUCUUUUAAUCUGUUUCUUUUCUUAUAAAUAUUAUAAUAAGUUAUUUGUUAAAAACUUUUUCAAUGAAAAUUGAUGAAGAUUAUAUUGAAAUAAACUUUUGUUCUCCGUUAUCAAAAUUAUGAAUGUAGGGCAGGCUUGUCCAGAGAGGGAAUUUCGACUCAAACACCACAUGGUUUAGUCAUAAGAAUCGUCAUAAAGACACGAAAAGCGAUUUCGGACCCCCACCACGAACCUCCACUCGCUGCCGGAAAGGCUUUGUGGUUGUUCGUGGCGCGUGCCACGUGACGCACAUUGCCGAAUUCAGUACCGCAGAUAAGUUUUGAAGUAGGUGCUUUAGGUUUAGGGCGACUAAUUUGAAAUGCAAUAUUUUUAUUUUAAUGCAACAAUUUCAAAAUAUGAAGUUGAAAAUCUUAAACUUUUAAGGAAAUAGACUAAUUAUUAAGCAAAAGUUUUUAUUAUUAACAAAUCAGACAAUUUUUAACCACGAAAAUCGAGUUUCUAUCAUAAAUAUGCAUUUUCAACUCAAAUGAUGACCGUUGUACGAGAAAAGAAGAUUAGUUCUUUAAAUUCACCAAGAUUUAAACAAAAAUUGAAUAGUCAAAUUUAGAGAAAAAUUGAUUUAACAACUAACAAAACAAUGCAUUUUUCACCGAUUUUCAAUAAAUUCGAAUAAUUCUACCCAAGUAGUUGAAUUUUAAAAUGGAAAAUAUGGAUUAUCUUACAAAAAAGGCGAUUCCUCAAACAUUUAAAACGCUUCAAAUGUUCUGGAUUUCAAUUAAAAAUCUUACACUUUCAAGAAAAUAGAUUAAUUUUCGAGCAAACAUUUGAAUUAUUAACAAAUCAUACGAUUUCUUAACCAAGAAAAUCGAGUUUCUACCAAGAAUACAAAUUUUCAACUCAAAUGAUGAACGUUUUACGAGAAAAGAAGAUUGGUUUUUUAAAUGCACCAAUGUUUAAACAAAAAUUGAAUAGUCAAAUUUAGAGACGAAAAUUGAUUUACCAACUAACAAUUCAUUUUUCACCGAUUUUUAAUUAAUAAGAACAUUUUGCACCCAAAUAGUUGAAUUUUAAAAUGGAAAAUAUGGAUUCUCUUACAAAAAAUACCAUGUACCAUCCCUAUUUCUAAGACUUAUGCAUUCUUCUACUGCUAAUUUAUUAAUUAACUAAGUUCCAAAUUACUUCAUUUUUUUUAAUUCAGUCGACCUAAGACACCUUCUGAGAUACUAUGUAUCUACAGUACUGGAUCCUCCCAUCCAUUUUAGAAACCGACCACAUCCGAAGCUGAGCAGAAAGACUGGUGGUAGAACUCAAACACCUGUGGAUUGAGUCGAAAUCCCCUCUCUGGACAGGCCUGAUGUAGAGUAUAGAAAACUAAAGUAAGCAUCUACAUUUUUUUAAAAUACAUUUAGUUGUCCUGCACACUUGACAAACAAAUAUCCGUCCUCCAUAAAAAAAACUGAGUAUUGGCAAUAAAUCAUACAUUGGUCAAAAA